AAUUAUUGGGCUUGCAUGGCUCCUCUAGUUGAUGUCGCAUAGGCUAUAGUAUACAUAUGUACUCGCUGUAGCUCUCAUCAAGAGGAUCUUGAAGGCAUCUGCAGUACCUCACCGAAUCAUACCACCAGUUGAUCUACUAGUAUCUUGAUAUUGCUGAUAGCUAUGGCCGAAAACUCGGCCACAAACGAUAUUCUGUUCCUUGAUCUUGGAAAAGAUUUCAAGUCGACUGAUCAGGUUGAGCAGUUGUCUAUCCGGCUGCUCGACAGUGAAGAUGAAGUGACGCGUCUUCGGAGCGAGUACAUCACAGAUCCAAGUCGAGUUGCACGGAAGAUCAUGGGGGUGUGGGAAGAGAGCAGCAGGGAGCGUAUCCGCUUACCAUACCUUUAUGAUAUUCUGUGUCUCAUCGGCAUGGCACACACCGCCAACAAGUUCAGCUCUCGACUUGGUGUUACUGCAGCUACUGCCACUGGACAGAACGGUGCAGUUCCUCUGAGCGUCGAGGUAGUAGAAAACAACCCGCCAUCUCAAGGACAGGCUAACACACCACAAGCAGCAGCAGCAGUAGCAAGAGCAGCACCGACACCGGCAACAGCUACAGCCAAGGGUGACAAGUAUCGAGCAGCAAUAAAGCGACAUUUUCCGCUCCUAGAGGCGAGGCUGCGUGGAAAGGACUAUGUCACAUCGCUAUGGUCGGAUGAAAAAGUGGAUGGCAAGCUGCGCAACGAAGUGCUCCACAAGCUCAAGACACACGAGGAAAGCAACAAGGCGUUACUUGACGCCCUCGAGCUUGCCGAUGCCAGCACAGUACAGCACUUCGCGGAGAUGACCUUGGACUGCCGUGACGCUCCGCAGGAUGAUCUACGGCAUACUAUCAUGACAUGCCCAGGACUACCAAUGUGCACCGUUCCACAAGACCAGGCACACACAGCACCGAGCCAAUGAGAAGCGAUCGAGGAAGGAAGAGAAACCGUGUACGCCACCCCUUCCAACCCCGCCCCCCCCCCCUCUCUCUCUCUUUCUUUCUCUUUCUAUCGUUUUCUCUUUCUCUCUCUCUUUGUCUGGCUCUCUCUCUCUCUCUCUCUCUCUCUCUAUCUAUCUAUCUCUCUCUCUCUCUCUCUCUCUUGUGUAUCUAUCUACUCAAUCUCCAUACAGCAUGCUGCUUCCACUUUACCAGCAGGUCUCCUCAGCCCUCAGCGGAGCUCAGAGUUACCAGCUGAACUGAUCGCAAUGAAGUCUACCGAGCAACAAAGAAUUGUUUUAUACCGGAUCAAAACACUUUAAAAGUCAGAGUGCUGUAACUGCGAUAAACACAGCGAGCUUUGCACGCCACCAGCACCAUCUAUCUAUCUAUCUAUCCAUCGAUCUCUAUCUCUCUCUCCGUUUUCUGUCUCUAUCUCGUCAAUGCCCUAUCUAGACGUCUAUCUACAACUGUGCUAACACUAACUCUCCGGGCAGCUAGCUAUUUCCACCUGAGUCUUGGUCUCAUCAGUGGAGUUCAGAGUGAACACUCCGCAUCAUGAUCUAUAACAGUAACCUGCGGCAUCGCGCAACAGUACGUGCACUGUAACGUUAGCUGAUUCUCACACCAGUAGAUAGCUGAGUCGCGCCACAGCAGAAGAACUUGAUCCUGACAAAACAAUAUGUACAAUCAUGAGUCCUGGUGGUGACAGUCAAUUUUUCUUCAGACUUUUCCCGUUUGUCUCUUUCCCUCAAACCAGUUAAUAAUAAUGUAAUACUGGAAUUUAUGCUUCUGCACACCCAUCCAUCCCAUCAUGCCUUCCUUGGAAGAUUAGGAAUAGCAGUGGUUGUUUGUUGCAGCCUGAAUAUCUAUCGGAUUUAUCCAUUUCCGUCUUUGUAGAGUUUCCUACAGUCCUAUCCUCUACCUGUUUAUCUCUCACUUCACUCCACUAACUAGUGCAUCGACUAGGUGCCAUGCGCAAACUGA